AUGUCUGAUAUCACUGAAAUUAUAGAGUUCAUUAAAGAGAGAGUAAGACCUUGUUUUGACAGUAUUCCAGCAAAUGAAUUGAGGAUUUGGAAAUUAAAAUACAUGCUGAAAAUAUCAAAGAACAAAUUAUUCAAAACUGUUGGAAAAUAUAUUAAUGAAUCACCCACUAGCAAUGACAUCUGUAUAAUCGUACAAGCAUUCACUG